CAGAGCGAUAGCCUACCAAGCAGCUGCACACAGCAAAUUCAAGAAUUUCGUCGAGGCAAAGUAGUAAGCAGCCAACUAUCAAGGAAAGGAGUAGUGCGUUUGUAACUUUUGUGACUACUUUUUCUGCGCACAAUUCAAACAGAUUGGUGAGCAAUCAUGGCUCGUGGACACCAGAAGAUCCAGUCUCAGCAGAAGAAUGCCAAAAAGCAGGCAGAGGCCAAGAAGAGCAAGGGUCACGACCAGAAAGCAGCGGCCAAGGCUGCCCUCGUGUACACCUGCUCAGUCUGUCGUACUCAAAUGCCUGACCCGAAGACUUUCAAGCAACAUUUCGAGAGCAAACACCCCAAGUCUCCUUUGCCACCUGAACUUGUUGGUGUUGAAGCCUGAGAGGAGAUCCACAGCCCCCACCCCUCCCCCUGGGAGCUCCACCUGUGUGCAGACUGCCUCUGGUUCCCUACAGGACACAGACCUUCAGCAUGGCUUUGGUUGAGUUCCCGACUGUUUCAGGACUACUGCUGCUGUCGCCAUCUCAGGCAUUUCAGUCGCAGAGUUAGCCAACAAACUGCUCAGAAAGAUCCAGUGAAAAUCACAGAAAUGCUUCUCUCACGUUUAGAGUAAAAUCACCCCCUACUCAAGUUUUGCUGUACAAUAAAAGGGGUCAUUUAGAGGAUGAAAGUGUCAGGAAUUGAUUUCAGGCGUCACAUCAAUUUGUCUUGUUUAAUGCGAAAUCAUCAACUGAUUAAACCUGAAGUGAAUUAAUUAUAGUUUUAUUUUGAAGAGCAUAGUGUAAACUUUCUCUGCUGAACAAACAUUAUUGCACUGUCUGUUUUUCCCCCCCCUCUUGAUUUUUUUUUUUACUUUUUCUGAGUCGCUUUUUUCGUGGAAAUUGUCUGAAUUAAUACAGUUGUGCUUAAAGUCAUGUGCUGUGUGAAUUGAAUUUUAAAAAUUGGACCUAAACAAAAUACAUUGCUUCACCUGUUUGCAUUAAUGCCUUGUCUGAAUGACGGCAGAGUAAGUAUGAGGUAUUACCUACCCCCGGUUAUUGUGGUAGAAAGUUUUGAAGGGAAUUUGCUCACAGUUGAGAACAAUGCAGAGAAUAGAGCUGUAGGUCAGAUCAGUAGUACCAUUAAACCACAUACCUCUCCUGUCAACCAGCCACUGUCCCUACAGAGAUAGAGAAAGAUUGUGAGUAUUAUUGACUAUGGUGUAAAAGAUGCACUGAUUAAUUGCAGCUAAAUUUGUUUCAUUGUCACUGUGGUGGGUUUUUUUUUUUUUUUUUUUUUUUUAACGUCUUCACUUUAUUUACUCCCCUUGUCAAAUCAAACAUAAUGCAAAACAGCCUCACUGACAGCUCAGUUUAUAUGGGAGCACUGGUUCUGUCCCCACAAUAACUGUUUUUGACAAUAUGAUACCUCUCAUUUUUAAAACUGGGUACAUUAUGUCAGUCCUCUAAAGUAUGAAAUGACGCAAUGGGUAGACGUGUUUUAGGAUACUGACCCUCCACUGCAAAAAUGUUCAAAGAGGUUUUACAGUUUGGUAAUGGCAAAGGUCAUCUCAGUGCAUUUUACCAUGUAGAGUCAUCAUUGUGAAGCAACGCUGGAAUUUUUCCUCGGACUGUGGUUUGGUUUUUUUUUUCCUGCCGCAAUAAACAUCCUGUAUGUCUAA